CAUGCGUGUCACGGCGACCCAGCUCUUGGAAGUAUAGAAUCAGAAACAGAACAGAACACGAGAAGUUGACUAUCGCGAGGUGGCCAAGAAGGAAAAGUAGCGGCGGCAUGGGGUCGCCCAAGGCGGCCAAGAGCAUGGUGAAGCAACGCAUCUGGCGUCACCGGCUCGUCGCGCCGUUCGCUGCCGUUCUCAUCACGGCCGUCGUCGUAUUCUCCGGCCUGUUCGCGCAGGACCCAAGUGAGUUUAUUGGGACUCGUAGCCACCUCGGAGUUCACUGCCGUGAACGCGGGUAACACCCUGCCAGUGCGCGAUAAGUCGGAAUCCACAGGUGCAGCAGCCAGAGGAUCUCCCAACAAGGAGGAUCUUGCAACAGCUGCAUUUGAGCAAGAAUUGGAUGUUGGAAAUUCUGAGCCCAAUCAAGCUUUCCAAGGCACCGUGCCUGCAGCAGGCGAGAGAGGGACAGCAACGGCAGUGCCGGUCCAACGAGAAAGAAGCAGUGGAGGAUCUGAACCUGAAGAGAAGCAAUCGCCCCCACAGGACCAGGAAGGAGAAGAAACCUCUGCUAAGUCAGGUACUGUACAGAUACAUCUAUACUCGCAUUGUUUGUUUCUAUGCUGUGAAUACACUGCUGGGUAAAUGCAAAACUCUGUACUACAACUCUACAAGGCUGGACUAGUAUAGGUGUAUAGCAAAGAUAGUGUUCCAACUUCACCUGUGCUGUCCAGCAUUGAGAGAGUAAAAAGGUGCACUACAAGGCUGGUCUAGUAUAGCAAAUAUAGUGUUCCAACUUCACCUGUGCUGUCCGGCACUGAGAGAGCAAAAAGGGCAGUUAAAGGGAAAAAUGUCUUGCUUGUGAUUGGUUAGUAAAGCCCUUGCUUCCAAUGGAAUAAAAAUAAAGGUGAGGCUAGUGAUAUGCUUUAGUUGAACCACAUGUAAAUUAUCAUUUUGUUGAACUAGUGCCGGAGGCUCCCACAUGAGGGCUUAGAAUUAACAGCAGAGGUGCUUUGAUUGGCAACCGAUAUGCUUUUUUAUAAAGAUAUUUUGUAAAAAACAAUGUCAUAGAAAAGCAUAAAUCAUGUUUUCUUUUUCUUUUUAUUUCUAAAUGUAGCAUAAUGUUCACCCAUCGUGGAUAAUGGGACAUAAGAGUUUCAAAGUGCUGAAAAUAGGAAUCUUGAUUAUUGUAUCAAAGAGAGGCAUGGUGCUUCAUUGAAGGAAACAAAAAUACAUUAGCACAACUAGUAGUAUCCCACUAGCUUUGCUGGUUUCUUGGAUUAGGCUACCCGCAGUGAGCAACGGUACGCGAAGCGCUACUUCUGUAUUUAACAGAUGCAAUGUUUCCUAAUCUAUUUAUACUUUCGAAAGUAUACCAUGGGAUGCAAAGUUUGAAACAUGCCGUUCCAUGAAAUUUGAUUUCUUUUAAUGAAACAAUGCUGGCUUCACAUAAUUACACCCUUCCAAUUUGUCCAAAGAAACAUAUCUAACGAUUUAAGGUGUGGCAUACAGAUGAUGUUGGAUUUUGAGUUAUGCUGGAGUAAAAGGGCCACCAUCUCCAGUCUUAUUUGUUUGUUCAUAGGAGAUGGAUACAGUCCCUUCAUCACUUUUCUCCAUUACUGCAUCUAAAUUUAUGCUAACAAAAUAUUAAUAAAAUCAUAGAGAUAUAGAAGUGAAGGGUAGGCGUGGUGCAGCAGUCACUAGACCACUGGUUCGAAACAGCCUCUUCGCGUCUGUAGGGGAAGGCUUGCCUUAGUUUAUCUCUUCUCUAGAUCCUAUUUUUGUGGGAUCCUCUAGCACUGGGUCUGCCCUGAUAGAGAUAUAGGAGUACUUUUGGGGUUGACCUUAUCAAUGUUACUCUCAUAUCAUAUGACUUAUCUACACAUCGAGAAAUGGAAGUUCCAUUGCACAGAGUCUAAAAGAUGAAAUAUGUUAUGUACCUGAAGUAUCUAUCCAAUCUAAGUCCAGCUGAGCAUUUUGGUUUGAUUUGGUUGUAUUUUACAGUAGCGCUACAGGAUGCUUUUGAGGCAUUUUCUAAUCUUAUUCAAUAUUGCACAAUGAAAGCAAAUCAUGCAUCGCCAGAUAUAUCGUUACUGAUGUGAUUUGAUGGCCACUAAAGUACAUGGUAACUUUAUCCUGAACUGCAUACAUGUACUAACAUCUAAGGCCCUGUUUGGGAACAAAGUUUUUGAAAACCACAGUUUUUGAAAUACUAUACUAUACUUUAGUUAUGACAAUACCGUAGUUUAUAAUACCGCAGUUUUGAAAACUGAGGUCCAGAGCUAAGUUUAGAAUGCCUUAAAACAACUAUAGUAUUUGCAAUACUUCAGUUUUGAAAACAGAGAUUUUACCCAGCUUGCCAAACACCAUUAUGUAUAUAAUACUGCAGUAUUUGAGAAUACUGCAGUAUUCUUCCAAAACUGCAGAAAAACUUUGUUCCCAAACACCCCUUAAAACUGUCGGCUGCAUAUCAUUGACCAACAGGUUUAGUCCAGUACACAACAUGCACACCUCGAACGGGAGCAACCGUCUGUGAUCUCUCCAACCAGCGGUACGACAUCUGUGAGCUUUGCGGUGAUGCUCGCGCCAUUGGCCGCUCCUCCACCGUAAUGUACGUCCCACAGCCCCUUACUUCCAACGGUGAAGAGUGGAACAUUCCAGCACAAUCACGGAAGAGCCUUCCAUGGAUCAAGAAGGUGACUGUCAAAACCCUGAAGGCUUCCCAACAGGCGCCAAGCUGCACAUCCAGGCACACCAUGCCAGCCAUCGUCUUUGCGUUGGGCGGGUUCACAGGAAACGUCUGGCACGACGUGAGCGACGUCCUUGUCCCUCUGUUCCUUACCGCCCGCCAGUUCGACCAAGAUGUCCAGCUACUCGUCACCGACAACCGGCCCUGGUUCAUCAAGAAAUACUCGGCAAUCCUCCGCCGCCUCACGAGACACAGUGUCAUCGAUUUCGAUGCAGACGACGAGGUGAGGUGCUAUCCGCAUGUCAUCGUCGGGCUGAGGAGCCACCGGGACCUCGGCAUCGAUCCGGACUCCACGCCGCAGAAGAACUACACGAUGGUGGAUUUCCGUCUGUUUGUCCGCGAAGCCUACGGACUGCCCGCGCCUGGAGUGGACAUACCGUACAGGGCUGACAAAGACGAGCCCGAGAAGAAGAAGCCCCGGAUGAUGCUCAUCGAGCGGGGCAAGACGCGGAGGCUCGUGAACACGCCUGACGUUCUACUCGGGCUUGGCUGGUUCGGCUUCGAGGUGGUCAGGGCGGAUCCAAGGACCCACUCUGACCUCGAGGAGUUUGCCCGCCUAGUCGACUCGUGUGACGCGAUGAUGGGCGUCCACGGUGCCGGUUUGACCAACAUGGUGUUCCUGAGGUCGGGCGCGGCGCUGGUGCACGUCGUGCCCUACGGGGUCGAGUUCAUGGCUGACGGGUUCUACGGCGCGCCUGCGAGGGACAUGGGCCUCAGGCAUGUGCGGUACAGCGUCGGUCCAGACGAGAGCACGCUGCUGGAGAAGUACGGCAGGAACCAUGCGGUGGUGAGAGACCCGGAGGCCGUAAGGAGCGGCGGAUGGGAGAAGGUCGGGGAGGUCUACAUGACCGAGCAGGACGUCGUGCUCAACGUGACGAGGUUUGGACCUAGUUUGUUGAAGGCAAUAGAGUUCAUUGUGUAGGUGGGUGGACGAGAUGAGGUUUGUGUUAGCUAUGACAAUGGAACUAGUGUACACCGUCUUUUUUUUAUAUUAGGUUUUAUUGUUUCUGCUUCUGUACAGGGUCUAAAAUGUAUGAUGUAGUGCUCUGACCAAUUUUAAGGUACAAUUAGGAACAACACUGAGAUAGUACUGUCCCAAUCUUUGACUUUUAACUAAAUAAUAUUAUUAAAGGAUCGUCCUAUUCCAUUCUAUUCUGUCGUUACAAUGAAACGUAUUAUUGAUUUUUUUUUUGAAGGAGCUAGCUUCUGUGCUCGGACGGUGGUACACAAACUGGAGGAAGAAUAUGUCCUUUGUGCUCUGCUGGAGCCUCGGCUCUCAACAAACUCCUCUCUAGGUUGCUCUCCUCGGGCUUUCUAUCUCAAGGAGAUGUUUUCGUGGGUCGAGGUUGUAUUUUUGUUUUGACUUUGUACCUUUGUACGGGGUUCAGAGAGGCCUCUCAAUAACUCCCUGUACUAUUUUUUUUCUUCUUUUUAAUGAAAUGCCACACGAGUUUAUUUUGCA